CACUUGGACGAUUUCCUGAUUUUUUUUUCUUCUCUUGUCAUUUUUAAACUUUCCUCUAAUUUUUAUUUUUAAUUGGAGAAAAAAAAGAAGAAAAGGAAAAAUUAUACAAGAAACAAAUAUUAUUCAGGUACCGGGCAUAUCUCCCAAGGUCAAAACCGCAGACGCAAAGACAGAGAGAUACAGAGGGAGAGAGAAAUAAAUAAACCUUUUUUUUUUUGAUAGUUUGGACGACCUAAACUCGCCAGAGUCUAGAGCUAGACUACUAGACUACUAUCUUAGUAGCUCAGUUCGCCUCCCCACACUCUUGCCCUACUUUUUGAUUAUUAACUUGCUUGUCACCGGGAAACUACAAAUUCCCCCUACCUCCCGCCUCUAAUUAAUUUCUUUCUACUCUCAUUUCCCUAUUGCGAAACCUCUUCGACUCGGUCAACGCGCCGUUUUGCAAUCCGUCAUUAGUGUCGCCAACACUUGGGCGUAGCCCACCCCAGGCGACCUCAACCCGCCGAAUCACUUUCUCGAUUCGCCGAACUAACCCUUCCUACUCCCCGCUGGUCCACUCCGUCGCCAAGUGACCUUUUACCUAUUUCAGACUUGAAUAACGAUCCUACACUUUCACUCGGUAUUAGUCGUUUACAUCACCACUUUCAGAAAUGUCGAGCGCUUCGGAAAAGACGGUUUCGCCCAGCGCCUCCAAACAAUCCUCCAUCAAAUCGGUCGAGCUUUCUACGAGAUCACCCAAGUUACGACCGCAAAAUGGUCAAUCUAUAAACGAUAACCCCCAUGCCGAGGGUCAGCCGAGGCAACCCGAAAAGGCCUCCAUCAAGGAUCGCUUAACCCGAAUGUUCUCCAAUAAAGACGACCUCCCUAGAUCCGGCCUUGUUGAUAUUUCCCAACCUUCGAAGCGCGCAGCCCCGAGCCCAUCCCCGAGCCAAAUUGGUGUUAAUAAUGCACCCGCAAAGCCGAGUGCCUUGGCCCGCAAGCCAUCCUCAGCCGAAGCGCCGAACGUAUCUAAACCAGCGCAUCAUCAGCGAUUCGUCGUAAACUCAGAAGUUCCUGGUGGUCACGAGCAUCACCUCAAGGGAAGCAAGCGACAAGAAAAGUUGUCUGACAUGUGGAAGACACUCCUUGGAAGGAAGCAAGAUCAACAACCAGAAGCCGACCUGUCCUUGGUUUCGAGUUGGGUAGACACGCUGAAGCAAGAGAAGGAGUCACUAGCUGGUGACAAGAGGGGAGGGCCCAACCAGAGCAUUACCCUCGUCGAAAAGUAUGGCAAAUGUCAAGAGGUGGUUGGCCGUGGUGCCUUUGGAAUUGUAAGGAUAUCGCAUAAAAAGAUCGAGAACGGAGAGAAGCUCUUCGCCGUUAAAGAAUUCCGUCGACGACCCGAAGAGACUGAGAAGAAGUACAGCAAGCGUUUAACCGCAGAGUUCUGCAUUUCGUCUUCUUUACGCCACCCGAAUAUAAUACAUACGCUAGAUCUGCUUAAAGAUCAGAAAGGAGACUACUGUGAGGUCAUGGAGUAUUGCUCCGGCGGCGACCUAUACACCCUUGUCCUAGCCGCCGGCAAAUUAGAAGUCGCAGAAGCCGACUGCUACUUUAAGCAGAUGAUGCGCGGCGUCGAAUAUCUACACGAAAUGGGAGUAGCGCAUCGCGAUUUAAAACCAGAAAACUUACUUCUGACCAGCCAUGGUGCCUUGAAAAUUACGGAUUUCGGCAACGGCGAGUGCUUCAGAAUGGCGUGGGAAAAUGAUGCCCACAUGGUGUCUGGUCUCUGCGGUUCGGCGCCUUAUAUUGCUCCUGAAGAAUACAUAGAUAAGGAGUUCGAUGCUCGUGCUGUCGACGUCUGGGCGUGUGGUGUCAUAUAUAUGGCCAUGCGAACCGGAAGGCAUCUUUGGAGAGUCGCCAAAAAGGACGAGGACGAAUUCUACGAACGCUAUCUUGAGGGUCGUCGUGAUGAAGAAGGAUACGGCCCAAUUGAGUCAUUACACCGUGCUCGCUGUCGUAACGUCAUCUACUCCAUAUUGGACCCCAACCCUACGCGACGUAUCACAGCAUCACAAGUCCUAAAGUCCGAAUGGGGUCGCGAGAUCAAACUGUGUAAGGCCGGCGAAGAAGGCCUUUAAAUGACACCCCCCUCGCGACAAAUAUUUACUCGGGGAUUGGCAUUGCCAUGAUCCAAUUCAAUACCGGAUUGUUCCUUUCCUGUCCCUUUGGUAUCAUAAUCGUCAACCGAGAUGACGACUUUUAACGAUCUUCGCAACCUUAUCGACGAAGAUCACAAGUAAUUCAACCACAAGCCUGGGUUGUAAUCACAACCCCGCUCAUGACCCAAUUGUCGUUUCGCAUGGAGUUCUGGUGAAAAUACGGUUUCUUGCAUUGUCCUUCCAAAUUCUAUUCUU